AUGGGUUUGUUGCAAAGUAACCCCUGCGCCAGGGAUAUUUGGCUUGCCUUCAAGGACCUUUGUCUGGUCUCGCCCUUGUCAGGCUCAACGACACGUAUCGCGGUUGUGAUACUGGCGCUCUUCUAUCCCCUCCAAGUCUAUCGCCGACAACAACGAACAACACAUAUACGAGGGCCUCAGAGCCCAGGCUGGGUGUUUGGCUUCGCCAAGAUAAUGCUAGAUUCUACCGCUACAACUGAAUUGUACGAACGUUGGGCCAAGGAGUAUGGUCCAGUGUACAAAGUUCCGGGUAUCUUUGGACAGUCCAGGGUCGUAUUAUGGGACCCGAAAGCAAUAUCUCAUUUCUUUGCAAGAGACACAUGGUUGUAUAACCAAACUCCAUUCAACAAGAUCGUCGUUCAAACAGUGAUGGGAAGAGGAGUGUUGUGGGCCGAUGGUGAAAGUCACCAAAGGCAGCGCAAGGCUCUCAACCCCGCCUUUACCGCAGCUGUCAUUCGCAACUUGACAUCUGUUUUCCAUGAUGCCGCUCACAAGACAGCAAUUGCCUGGGACAAUGAGAUAGAAUUGAACCAAGGAACUCAUUGCGCAACCAUUGAUGUUCAACAAUGGAUGAACCAUAUCUCACUCGACAGUGCGGGCAUAGCCGUCCUGUCCCAUGACUUCGGCGCACUCGAUGGAAAUGACUCCGACGUUGGGCACAUUCUGAAUGCAUUUGGUUCAUCCACCAAUGUUCCUAGCAACUUGAUCAUAUUGGCACAAAACUUUCCUUUCAUCCUGAAGUUGCCAUUGCCUGCCAUACGAUUCUCCCUAAAGCUUCGCCUGAUAGUUGGAAAAAUAUGCCAGGAGAUGCUAUUGCGGACACGCAAGGAAAAUGAGACGGGCGGCGCUGAGCAAGCUGAGGGAUAUGGUGAGAGCGCGGGACUGACUCCACAAGAAGUACUAGACGAGGUACACGAAUCAUUGAACUCUUUCGAACGAUGGGACGCUGACCUCUGUCUCCGCCAGGCAAGGGUUCUCCUUCUCGCAGGCUUUGAGACUACUGCAGUGAGCAUGACAUGGGCUUUAGUAGAACUUGCGCAGAAUCCAGACAUACAGAGGAAGCUUCGCGACGAGUGUUUAGAGUUUGGGCCAACCCCCUCAUACGAUGACCUCACGAAUAAGCUUCCCUACCUGGACGCUGUGGUGAACGAAGUUCUUCGCCUCCAUGCACCACUCAAAGAGAUCCCGCGAUUGGCUAUGCAAGACGACGUGAUCCCGCUCAGCGAACCUUUGCGCACAGCUGCCGGUAACUUCAUGGAGAGCGUGUGCAUCCCGAAGGGGACUGUGAUCGUGAUCCCGCUCGCUGCACUCAAUUGCUCUGUUAGCAUGUGGGGCCCUGACGCAAAGGCAUUCAAACCUUCCCGGUGGUUCGAAGGGGAUGAGGGUAUGCUCGAUGCCAGAGAAACCCUGCAUGGCUACCGUCAUUUAAUGACAUUCGGUGAUGGAGCGCAAACGUGCCUAGGAAAGCUUUUUGCAUUGGCAGAGUUUAAGGCUGUACUAUUCGUCCUCGUUCGAAAAUUUGUGUUUGAGAUGGAUGACCCUGGAGUGCAGAUUGUGGAUAGUUUGGGAUCUUUACCAAGGCCGGGGGCGGUUGGGAGUGCUGAGGCUGGGAGUGUGCCUCUCCGGGCCAGGGCUGGUGGAACGGGCACGGACUGCAAGGGAACCCAAGGCCAGACCUCUAUAGCGGGAGGCUACGGCUCUGUCUAA